AUGGGCGGGGCCUCCUCUGCGCCGAGCUCGAGUUUCCAUAGAAACCCACAGGCUUCCCACCCUGGGGCUGGCGUAGGCAGGCUGCCAGCCAGGCCGUAUCCGCCAGCCUCUCUUCCCCACCCCAGGCCGCUCCAGCCCCGGUUCCUCCUGGCCCCUCCCCAGGCCUAUUCCUAUCCGGGAGCCCCUGGCCUCCGAAGCCCUCUUCCUUCAGGAACUUGGGCCUCUCUGAGCUACUGCCCCUCCGCCUCAGGCCUUUCUAGUCUCACCAGCUCUAGGGCCAGGCCAGGCCUCCUAGGCCGCUCUCUCCCCCACCCAUGGAGGGCCCCGGACUGGUGGUGCGCGGGGAGGCUGCGCCCUUUUCUACAGCACUCCGAAGCCUCGUCAACAACCCCUGGUACAGGCUGCUGGCAGAAGAGAAAGAUCCUCAGUCCCUUGGAUCCUGAAAGUGAUGUUCGCUUUGUGGUCGGUCAAGAACGGCAGGAGGUAUUUGCCCACCGGUGCUUGUUGGCCUGUAGAUGCAGCUUCUUCCAGCGACUUCUGGGCUCAGAGCCCGGCCCCAGGGUGCCGAGUCCCGUGGUGCUAAGCACUGUGCCAGCUGAGGCCUUCCUGGCAGUGCUGGAGUUCCUGUACACCAACAGUGUCAAGCUGCACCGCCACUCUGUGCUGGAGGUGCUGACGGCAGCUGUGGAGUAUGGGCUGGAGGAACUGCGAGAGGUGGGUUUCUGUGCCAGGUCCCUGUCUCAUUUCCCCUGCCUCUCAUGGGCCACUUCCCACCCUGCUUCACAGACACUCUGGCCUGGAGAGGAACGUGUGCCCACACAGAGAGGAGUAUGGAUGUCUUUCUGUCUGUGCCUGGAGUUUGUGGUGAAGGUGCUGGAUGUGGAGUUGGUUUGUGAGGCCCUGCAGGUGGCUGUAACCUUUGGCCUGGGGCCGCUGCAGGAGCGUUGCAUAGCCUUCAUAGAGGCCCACAGCCAGGUACAGCUCCUCAUCUUCAUACUCCUGACCCCACACCCCAUUCUGCUCCUCCCUGACCCAAACGCCGCCAACCCCCAGGAGGCGCUCCGGACCAGAGGUUUUCUGGAACUGUCAGCGCCUGCACUGCUGCCCCUGCUGCGCAGCGACAAGCUCUGCGUGGACGAGGCUGAGCUGGUCUGGGCGGCCCGGAGCUGGGCGCGAGUGGGCGCGGCGGUACUGGAGCGGCCUGUGGUCGAGGUGGCAGCACCGGUGGUGAGAGAGCUGCGACUGGCCUUGUUGGCUCCAGCAGAGCUGAGCGCCCUGGAAGAGCAGAACCGGAGGGAGCCGUUCAUCCCGGUGGAGCAGAUCGUAGAGGCGUGGAAGUGUCACGCCCUGCGGAGAGGGGAUGAGGCUCGAGGCGCCCCUUGUCGCCGCCGGAGAGGCACCCUGCCCCGGGAGCAUCACCGCUUCCUGGACCUGCCCUUCAAAUGACCCAACGCCAGGAUUUCGAAGACUCCUGAGCCUGCUCCAAACUACAUCUCCCGACGUGCUCGGAGCGAGCUUCUGGUUCCGGCAUGCUCCGCGAGCGGGGCGCCGGAAGGAUCCUUCUCUGCCAUGCGCGGCGCCCCGUGCGUGGGUUAUAGGGCGGGGCGAAACGCGAAAGCGGAGUGUUUUUAGCUGCCCGCGUUCACUGUGCGCGCUGACGCUGGACAUUUUCGUUCACCGGCCUACUCUGAUGACUCUCACAUAUCUAUUCAGCUCAGCUCCCUUUUUAAUUCCAGACCUGUCUCUUGGAGGUCACUCUGCCUCACAAACACCCUAGUCUCAGUGCAAAAUUGAGCUUCCCUUCUUAACCCAGCUGUACCCCCAUCGUGUUUCUCAUUUCCGUGGUUGCCCACACCAGAAACCUGGAACGCAUUCUACUCUUUCUUCCUCACACUUGCCUCAAGUGUGAGGUCGCUCUACCUUCUAAGAGACCUUUCUAGUUAGUUUAGUUUUCCAAGCCACGGGUUCAGCCUAUCCUGACAUGUCAUAUUAGUCUUUCUGCCUUCACUCCAUAACACCCUCAGUCCACUUCCCACUCUGCGGCCACACCUGAGAAUCUCUGUCCUACUUCCCUUAUUAAUUCUCCUAACAUCCUCGUUGCCCUCCAGGACAAAAUACAAUCUAUUUCACUUUCAAGACACUCAAAACUACUAGUGGUUCUUUUUUUUUGAGACAUAGUCUCACUCUGUUGCCCAGGCUAGAGUGUAAUGGUCUCAGCCUAGCUCACAGC